UUCGGUAUAUGCCUCGGUCUUUUUCGUCAUCGAACGACUUUCUCUGGAAUCCCCGCCCCGCUAGGUUCCCUGCGUUGUUAGGGGACUGUAGGAAGAUGGCGGCGGCCCCGCUGUACUGUGUCUGCCGGCAGCCCUACGAUGUAAGCCGGUUUAUGAUCGAAUGUGAUAUUUGUAAGGAUUGGUUUCACGGCAGCUGUGUACAAGUAUUAGAGCAUCAAGCUGUGGACAUUGACCAGUACCACUGUCCCAGCUGUGACAUUUUACACGGACCCUCCCUCAUGAAGAAACGGAAUAACUGGCAUCGACAUGACUAUACUGAGGCUGAGGACGGCAGCAAACCCGUACAGGCUGGGACGUCUGUGUUUGUGCGAGAACUCCAGGCUCGAUCGUUUCCUAGUGCCGAUGAAAUCAUUAUGAAGAUGCAGGGGAGCCAGGUGACACAGAAAUAUCUGGAGAAGCAGGGUUUCGAUUUCCCUAUCAUGGUGCCAACGUUGGAUGGGAUAGGGCUUAAACUACCCCCUCCCUCCUUCUCUGUUAAAGAUGUGGAGCACUAUGUGGGUGGUAAUAAAGUGAUCGACGUCAUUGAUGUGGCCCGACAGGCAGACAGCAAAAUUAAACUCUGUGACUUUGUGGAGUAUUACUACAAACCCUAUCGGCCAAAAGUGUUAAACGUCAUCAGCCUGGAGUUCUCAGACACCAAGAUGGCUGAGUUGGUGGUGGUUCCAGACAUCGCUCAGAAAAUGUCUUGGGUUGAGAACUACUGGCCAGACGACUCUUUCUUCCCAAAGCCUUUUGUACAAAAGUACUGCCUGAUGGGGGUGAAGGACAGUUACACAGACUUCCACAUAGACUUUGGGGGAACAUCUGUCUGGUACCAUGUACUCUGGGGCGAAAAGAUUUUUUACUUGAUAAAGCCAACCAAGGCAAACCUUGCACUAUACGAAGCAUGGAGUUCGUCCCCCAAUCAGAGUGAGGUGUUUUUUGGGGAGAAGGUGGAUAAGUGUUACAAGUGUGUUGUGCAGCAGGGAACAACUCUUUUCAUUCCCACAGGAUGGAUCCAUGCUGUUCUCACCUCUCAGGAUUGCAUGGCUUUUGGGGGGAACUUCCUUCAUAACCUUAAUAUAGGCAUGCAGCUCAGGUGUUAUGAGAUGGAGAGACGACUUAAGACUCCUGAUCUCUUUAAAUUUCCCUACUUCGAGGCUAUCUGCUGGUAUGUGGCCAAGAAUCUGCUGGAAACCCUUAAAGAAUUGAGGGAAGACAGCUGCCAGCCCCCAUACUUUUUGUUAGAGGGAGUGAAAGCUUUAACUACUGCACUGAAAUCUUGGCUAAAGAGAGAGGUAACAGAACCUGCUACUGAGGUUCCUGACCAUAUCAGACCGGGCAAUCUCAUUAAGGAACUUUCAAAGGAAAUCCGCUACCAGGAGGAGGACCAUGGUGGUAGCAAGCCAAUGAAAACUCAGGGAAUGGGAAUCUCGUGCCCGGUGACGCAGUCGACACUGGAGAGAAGCUCCCAAGCAAGAAGGAAUGCUAGGCGACUUAGAGAUCAUGGGAGCAAGGCUCCCUCAAACCUUGAUAUCCUAGAACUGCACACCAGGGAGGUGCUGCGCAGGCUGGAGAUGGCUCCUUGGGAAGAGGAUGUCGUUUACAGCGCCAAGCUAAACAGCAGAUUUAACAAGAUCUUCCAACCCUUGUCCACAGUGCCUGAAAGGAGGAACAAUGACAAUAAUAUUCGCUUGGUGCUUUCUAAGGGGCAAAUUGUCAGAGACAAAAGGCAGUCAGUUAGAGAGGAGAGUCUAUUUACUGGUAACAGUGAUGACGACAGAGGAAUUUCAAAGGAAACCAAGGUGGUGAAGAGCGAGGAGCGCUGGGGAGAGGAAUCUGAACAGGAGAGGACCAGGGAGAGUGAUACAGAGCAGAAGCCGCUCAACAUGUUUUUUGAAUGCGUGAAAUAUGAACUCAGGAAUGGAGCAUCAGGGCACUCAGACAUGUCAGAUUCUGGAACAGAAUCUGAAGACAGUUGUGCUACAAAGCAGAAAUAUUCUUCCGAGGAAGAAUCAGGUAGCUUGGAAGAAGAUGGUGAAGAGGAGACCUCCUCCAAGAGGGAGAUCCAGAGAGGCUCUGGGGGCAUCAUGGACCUGUACCAGGCCAGCCAGAGACUCCGGGACCAAGAGAAACCACUCAAACGAGAACUUCCUACCUUACCAAGUACAGAAGAAGACGCUAUUCAGGGCAUGCUGUCUAUGGCAGGAUUGCUGUAUCCUCAGUGUUUUCCCAGCCAGACAGAGGGGACAUUGAGCUUCCAGGAGCCUUGGGAUUCUAGGGAGCAGUGGUGGUCGAACCCCAGUACCAGAAUUCCAGACUCUGGUUUUCACAGUAGAGAGGAGCCGGUGUAUAAGGAUGAGAGCCAGGGGAACUCUUUAGGAGCGGGACUGUCAGCUGCAGCUCCUAGACUCGACCAUCAGGAUGAAAUGAAAGUGCAGAAACACAUCAGGAAGGAGUGCACAGCAGAGCUGAGCCAGAGAAUCCAGGAGAACAAAAACUUCAUGGACAGUCAGAGCAGCAGCGGCAGUGAUGGCUGGGCUAAUCACAGGCUCUCACUCAGCAAGUUCUCAUCCACCUUUAGUCCUCUCCGUGAUGACGACAGUCCAGAGUUCCAGUACAGCGAGACUUCCCUGUCCCCACCUCUUCACCCGUCCAAGAGACCAGCUUCAAACCCCCCACCCGUCAGCAACCAGGCCACCAAAGGCAAACGUCCGAAGAAAGGCAUGGCAACAGCAAAACAGAGACUGGGGAAGAUCCUGAAGUUGAACAGGCACAGGAGCUUUUUUGUUUAGCAACACUUUUACCACAAGCACAAAGUGUUUGAGAGAGACGCAUGUACUGUAGAAUCACUGCCUGAGGAACAAAGAGUAAAUUACCUUAACUACAUGUUCACGAUUUAGGUGACAGAGUUUUGGAUUUGUGCAAGCAAAGGCAAAGCCACUUAAAUUAAAAUGGCCAAUGUGUUUGGAGAUUCCAGUAUAGCAGAAAGUCAAGGACUAGGAUUGACUGCACAGAUCACAAAGCUGGUCCAGCAAAGGAGAUUACCGGAGAUGUAUCUUGAAAAGGGAGGGGGCAGCCAUGAGAAAUGCUCCCUCUUAAAAGCUAUUUAUUCUAAUUGUAAGACAGAAAAGAGCCAUUACAAGCCAAUCUUUGCGAGUUGCUUAAUCAAGCCAUCAGAUGUCCUAAAGGAAGGUGCGUUUGUAGGUUGUAAGAUUGGAUAUCAUGAUGGGUCCCUCCCUGGUGGAGUCCAAAGUCACUGAUGUUUCAUUCCCUGUCCCCUGCCCUCUCACAUGCUCACCAGCAAUAAUGAAGUUGGAGAAGUGGAUCUCAGUUAGUGUCUUCCAUAAUGCUUACAUUUGUGUCAUCCCUAAACAAAAUGCAAUGAAAGGGGGUGAGGAGGGUUCCUGUUUCUAAUGGUGUUUUUGGUCCCCAUUAAAAAAAAUAUAAUAAUAAUAAUAAUAAUAAUAAUUAUUCCAUGCUGCUACAUCAGGUUUGAAAUAUACUGGUAAUUCAAUGAUGUUUUAGUGAUUGAUUAGCAUUCAUAGGAAAUGGAUUAAGGUGUAGUGCCUCAUGUGUUUGUUUUAUUUAACUUUUGUUUACUUUUAGGGCUAUAACCAGCCUCAAGAUGUCCUUUUUACCUCCCACUGCUGCAGGUAGUAAAUAUGAGCCAAAUAGUGUUCCACAAGCUGAAACUGUGGAAUAUAAACAAACUGCUUUUGAGGGUUCACAGACGAUGAUAGAGACAAAGGAUUUUUUUUUUUAUCGUGGGGCACUGCGCAGAUGUAAUUUUAAAUACAAAUAUGUAAUGACAAGUGUGGUAAUAGUUGAUCAGGAGGUUUAUGCGGGGAUGGAAGGAGAAAAUAAUUUUACAUACAAAUAUUGUAACUUCUGAGAGAUAGUAAUUAUACAUCUGGCAGUGCUGUUAAUGAUUUAAAAACAAGAGAAAAAAAUGAAAUAGUACAAAAUGAAAUAGUAAAUACUUUUGCCUGAAUAGAUAGUGUGCAGAUUUAUAUAGUGAGAAAUGAAAGAAAUCAUUUUCCAGUUUAUUUAUUUGUCAGAAUUUACACCUUUUGGAAUUAGCUAUUUAUUAAAUAAGUUAUGAUGUUUUUUUGUUUUUGUUUUUUUGUUUUUAAUUGAAUGUGCAGGCUUUUCUAUAUUUUUUCUGUUUAGUAAUAAAAACACCUUUAUCUGUUUCCAUCCAGACAGAAACCUGGCUGAAGUUAAAAUUACUGUUUAUUAACCAAAAAUUUAAAAGCACAAGUGUUUUUUAAUUUGAAUGAAAAACAUGAAUCUGCCUAAUGUCACCAGUAUUUUGCUGUGUUUCUUGUAUUUAUACACAUAACAUAUUAUUGUAUAGGAUGCUGUACCAUGCAAGCUGAUACCUUAUGCAAGAGGUCAGAGCAGCUUGUAUCUUACACAGGACCCAAUACGUAUUUUAUAAAAAUGUAUAGUAAAAUCAGAAUAUCUCAUUUUAAUGUGACGUCAUUUCCAUCUGAUGCAAGCCAUUUCAGAUGGCUGUAUCACAUCAGGGUCUACUAUAAUAUUAUAAUUUAAUCUCAAAUAUUUUGGCUUCAGCAGGGUUUUCUCAUGGACCACGUAUUGCUAUGCCUCAAGGGUGCGCAAGGAUUCCAUUGCUAAUGAAAUUUUUUUAUUUAAUCUUAUUUCUAAAUUGGCAGUGUACAUUAAUCUGCCCCAGGCAUCAAUACGCUUGUAUCUUUGUUAUAAUACGUAUUAGACCAGGCAUACCGUGUUGAGUAAUAAUCAGGACAUUUUUUCUUUUUUUGUUCUAAGCUUCUUUGUUUGGCUUAUGUCCGUGCUGUAACCAAUGUAAUAGUUUUACCAGGUUUUACCUGUGCUCAAUAUUACACAGAGUAAACAUUUCUCAAGUCAAAAGAUCCUAACUUUGAACUAUCGAUAAUGUGAGGCAGCAUGGGCUUUAAUGUUAGUGGACCUCACUGUGGCUGCCCAAUCUGUCUUCCAUCAUGGCUGAUUGUUAAUAAAAAGAUGGAAAGUACCGUCGGUGGAAGUGACCUAAGCACAGUUGUUGCUCUUCUUUUACAAUAGAAGAGCUGCCAUCAAAGAUCAUUUAUUUGACUUGAUGAGGACUGUUCGUCAGAUAAUUUGAACACUCAAUAGUGCUAAAUUUAAUAAUAAUAAUAAAUUCAAUGACAAGUGUUUCAACUAGAAGUCUUUUUUUGAUAAGCAGAAAUAAAUUGGAAAAUGUAUAUAAGUAUAUUUUUCAGAAGGUAAACAAAAGGACAGAUUUGUUGAUACCCAAAUAUUUUCUAGUAUAGUGGUGUUAUUUUGUUCAUUUCAAAUUAGCUAUGUUACUAGUCGUGCUAUGAAGUGUCACUCCCUUGUCUUUCGUUUUGGUAGCAUGUAGGGCUUCUGAUUUUCUGUUUUAACUGAUAAACACAGAUAAAACACGGCAGAUACAAAAAAAAAAUACAUAUGUGAAAUCGGUGCAUAAACACAGGAAAAGAAAUGGUCACUCAAUUCCAUGUCCAUACUCAAUAAAUAAAUAACCUGACUAUCUCGCAUUGAUUAGUUCUGAAUACUUUAAACCCACUCCAGCUACUGAGUGGCAGCAAAUUCCUACAUUUCUAUUGGAGGAUUGUACACAAUUAAGAGAUUUAUAACAAGAGUACAAUUAGAAGCAGAGGAGUGUUCUUGCUCGAGAGAUUUAAAGCUGUAUCACAGUUCGAGAGGGAGGAUUUACACACUUGUGGAAUUUAAAACAGAAUUACAAAUUAACUUCAUACAGUAUAUAAAAAGUGAAAGACCUGAAAAUAACAGAUUUCAGGGUAGCCACAUAAAACUCAAAAAUAGCUAAAAAUAAACACAGAAAAACAGAAGCCCUACGUAUGACUGAUAUACAUGUGUGUUUAAAUACUUUGAAAAAUACUUCUCCAGUUUUCAUUAUUAUUAUACUAAUUUUAUAAAGCUGAGGAAAAUAAGUACCCAAAGGAAUACUGCUUUUAUAGUUGCCCAAUUUUGUCAAGAAAAACAUUUUUAGAUGAAGUUUUAUAUGUAUACUUUUUUAUAGUACGAUGAAGAAAAAGCGCUUCAGUCAUGUCAUCAUGAUGCCAUGUGAACUGUGAUAGAAGCACAACUAUUCUAAGAAAUGAGGGCUACAUUUUUACUUGUGCUAAGAGCCAAAUAAGUUCUGUGUGGAGUGAGAAUUGCCUGCAUUACCGUAGCAAAAUAAAUAAAUAAAGCCCAAUGAAAAAUACACUGUUAUACAUUAAACCCCAGUUAUGUCUUACAAAAAAGCCAAUGCCACUUAACUGUUACUUCAGGGGAUAUAUUAGUAGAGCAAAUGCUGUAGACUUCCCAGAUUCAAAUAUGUGUCGUACUGUCUGCUGUGUGUUGUUUUGGGUGGUGGUAAGUUUAAAUUGUUUUUAUCUUAUGCGCUCAUGUUUCUAGAAUCGGAAGACAUAGGUAAAGUAGUUCCACCUUCAGAUACAGUGCUCCUCUUUAUAUCGCUGUAGUCGGGAGCCAUAGUUAAGAGACCGUGCUGUUUGUGUUCCACCUUAUAACGCAAAUACUAGUAUUAGUGUAAUGGCAUUAUGGGACAAAUGGGAGCCAUGAUCGUACACCUUAUAACCUGUUUCUGCAGUAUAAAGGGCUGCCAUAUACACAGGGAAUACUGUAUUAUGUACAUAAAGUGCAUAUAGCAACAAAUUACAUUUAUGAUUGCUAUCUUUCUGAACGGUUCUGGUUGGUUAAUCUAAAAGGCUACCAUAGACUGCUUCCAUACUUUACCAUGUUUUAUCAAUGCAGAAAUGACAGUUUAAGUCAUACAAUGGCUUUUGUCACUACAUAUACUUUAAUGUUCCAGUUGGUGACCCUGUGUAAUAGCCGUGCAACACAUCAAUUAACUGGUUCUGCACUGAAAUCAAUCAAUUAAUCUGCAUUUGCCCAUGUCCAGUGACUUAAUACACCCUAUACUGUAUGCAUGCACAUAUUAUAUGUGUAAUAAAAACAAAAAAUAAGCACAAUUUAGUUGAAGAGAAAGCCAUCUCAACAGGGCUGUUAAAGAAAACCCUGGAGCAUUUAACCUGAAAACAUUAAAAACUACCUAUGCAACUUUCUACCACUACAAGGGAGGGUGGGUUAAAAUAGCAUAACAAUAUGAGUUUCUAUCUUUUAAAUUAACUUCUGUCCAUUGUACUUUCCUAUAGUACUUUGGGUUCUCCAAUACUAUUACUAAAGACAACAAAUUAGAUUUUUCUCAAAAGAAAAACAUUUUAUAUAUGAGUUAACUAAACCCAUCUAUGUUGAGACCCAUCAUUGUUGAGACUGCAAGUACACACGCAUAUACAGCAAUCCAAGCACUAAUUGGUAUAAACAAUAUUUUUGUUAAAAUAUGGGUAAUAUUACAUUAUUAUGGUCUAGAAAAGUACGAAUUAUUUAUUUUGACUAACUAUAACCACAAUAAGUAAAAUUUAAACUAAAAGUAAAAAUUCUAUUAAUGCAUUGCUAUACAUGUAUAUGUGCACCGAAAAUGCUUAUAGAUGACCUCCGUGGCAUCUACUUGACACCUUGCUGUCAGUGCCUGGAAAGCAGUUGCCCAUUGUCUAGGUGCAGAGAGACCUGUAAUAAUUCUACAGUGCCUUUCAUGUGUUUCACUAAUAAUCGUUGCCUGGAUUGUUCCACUCCCAAGUGAAAUUAGAACCCCCUUGAUGGGCACAAAUGGGGAGAGUGGCUGGGAUUAAAUUGAGAGGGGACCUCACUGCAUGUCUGUCUUGACCUCUGAUACCCAGCUCAAAUAUAACUUGCAUCUUUUCAUUGCUAAGCAUUAAAACCACUGCACUGAAGUGCUGAACCACCCUGCCAGCUUUGUCUUUCUGGUCUUGAAUUUAUCUUUGUGGUCACUAACACUAAUUGAUUUUUUUUCUUGCCACAGUAAGCUAUUUUCCUAUACACCUUGGUCACAUAUUUUGGUGAAAUAAAUGUACUUCAAUAUUUGGCCUGCAGGCAGGGUAUGUAUUAUUCAGUAGUGUAAAUUGUACAGUAUUUAUUUGGCCUUUUUUUUCCUUUUUUUGUGGUUUGUGUUAAGCAUUAUGUAUCUAACAUUUUGCAAGAAAAAAAAUCAGAAUGGUUUUCUGAAAAUGUGAUUUGAUGUUUUAAGGGUAUUUUGAUAUCUUGCUAUGAUUUGAAAAAAAUGGAUGUCUUCUAGAUCUUGUGACUUUGUUAUUCAUUGCAGUGCAGCUCUGGAUUUUUUUCUGUUUUUGAAAAUCGCCAUGUAAAUAUUAAAAAAAAAAAAAAAAAAAGAUUUCUUAGAUUUAAAUGUUUCUUUGCAAUUUUGUUUUGGUUCUCAUUUAUUACAUUCCACAUCACAAAGUCGCAACAAAAAAUAUGUAAUAUAUACAAUCUAUAUAAAAAUCACUACACAACAUUUUCAGGAAGUUGGGCACUGUUUAAGCGAAGCAUUUCAGAAUGUGUGUUUGCCUUUUUUCUGUCCCAUGAGAUUCUGGCUCGCUCUAAAGCAGCACAACACAUUUUAGUCCCAGAUGGCUUUCCAUCAGAUCUGGUUUGUUUACUUUGCUGUCAAAAACUUAGAGGCUCAAGAGCUGCUGUGUUGAUCCCGUAUUUUUGUUUAUAUAUAAAAAACAUAUUAAAUCUCACAUAUCACAUGG